AUGACUUCAAGAGAUGAGGACGGUACUCUCCUACGACGAUUCAUGCCCAGUCACCUUGGACAUGGUGACCAACAGCAGCAACCCAGAUCACGAUCCCGUAUGAGCGUGCUGCGCGACGCUGCGACUCCACUGAUAUUCCGAAGGACGUCGACUCGGACAGCAGAAGGCUCUAGAUACGGAGGUCUGAUACCCAGCCUUCUCAAACGGAAGAGACGAGUCGAUGAGGAGGAUGGAGAGGAAGAAGAGCCAAAGAUCACCAUGGCCACUGGGCUACCUAUCCGACUCAACUUUUUGUUUGUGGGGGGUAGAGGAUCCGGUCAGACGUCUCUUCUCUUCGCCAUCAAACGAACCUGCUACGAAGUCUACAUCAACGACUUCAUCCACCGAGAGAGCCGUCGUCCCGGCAGCGUAGAGAUGUAG